AAAGUUUUCCAAUAGAAGGUUGAUCAGGAAAACUACUUCUGAGCUGAUGCGAGUUAAACAGAGGGAUAGAGAAUCUUUGAAGAAUUACAUGAGCAGAUUCAAUGAUGCAGUGCUGGAAGUCGACUCCUUCGACCAGGCUGUGGGAAUUGCAACUGUGAUCUCAGGUCCUAACCAUGAGAGAUUCAGAGAUAGUUUCAUCAAGCAUCCUGCUACAACCUUUAAUGAGAGAGAUGAGAAUCAAAGCAGGAAACGGAUGAGGACAGCACAGAACCGAGGUCCGAUGUCGACCUCCACACUGAGAUUCGGAAGGCCGAACUCAGCACCUCCACAACAAUCUGCAGGUAAACCUCCAGUUACUCGGACCCCUUUUAAUUUGCCGAGGUCACAGAUUUUCAUGCAGAGUAAGAAUAAGAUGGACUUAAGGCGUCCUGGCCCAAUGAGAACUGUUGCUGCUACCCGAGAUCAUACUAGAUAUUGUGAUUUUCAUCAAGAUCACGGUCAUACAACAGAGCAAUGCAACAGUCUGAAGUCCAAACUGGAAAGUCUAGCUCAGAAAGGAAUGCAAGGAAUGGGAUAUCAACAAGCCCCACCUCCACUUCCACCACCAGCCAGAAUUAUACACAUGAUUACAGGAGAAUUAGAAGCAGGAGGGUUGAGCUCCAAACAGAGAAAGUUAUAUGUCAGAGAGGUAAAGCACCAAAACCAAGCUCAGAAAAGGAAACUUAAUGAUGCUGACUGGAAAGAUCAACCAAUCACUUUUACACCCAAUGAUUUUAAAGGGGUGGUAAUACCUCACAAUGACCCUUUGGUCACCUCAGUAAUGAUCAACAACUGUCAAGUCCAGCGUGUACUUGUUGACACUGGCAGUGCACCCGACAUCAUUGGCCGAACCUAUGUGACUCCUUCAGUUCGAUUUCUAGUAGUCAAGAUGCCUUCUUCUUUUAAUGUUGUCAUUGGUCGGCCUACAUUAACAAAGAUCCGAGCUGUGGUCUCUCAAACUCAUCUCUACAUGAAAUUUCCAACCCCCAUGGGAAUUGCAACACUCAGAGGUAACCAGGAAGUGAUUAGACAUUGCUAUCUCACUUCGGUCACAAAGCCACAGAAAAACAUAGAUCAACCAGCAGAGAACCGUCCACAGAAAAUCCAUGACAAUCGGCAAGUGAUGGGGGUUGAAAUCCUUGAUAACCGACCUGAUGAUGAAACCCGAGCUGCUCCGGGGAUUCCCACCUUGGUAUCUCAACACAAACUCAGCACUAAUCCACUUAAGAAACCAUUGGCCCAAAAGCGGCGCCUCUUUGGGGGGGAGAGGUUAAAGGUCAUAAAGGAAGAAGUUGAAAAACUCUUACAAGCUGGCUUCAUCAAAUGGGUCGAUUAUUGUAAAUGGGUCGCCAAUCCUGUGUUGGUGAAAAAAGCAAAUGGCAAAUGGCGGAUGUGCAUCAAUUACACUAAUCUCCACCAUGCAUGUCCAAAAGACUGUCACCCAAUGCCAAACAAUGAUAGGCUAGUUGAGGCAGCUUUUGGAAAUGAGAGAUUAAGUCUCUGGGAUGCAUACUUUGGUUACCACCAAGUCCCAAUGGCUCCUGAGGAUGAAGAAAAAACCUCAUUCUAUGUUGAAGACGAAAUCUAUUGCUACAUGAUGAUGCCCUUCGGCUUAAAGAACGCAGGUGCCACUUACCAGAAGAUGGUUACCAUCAUAUUCCGAGCUCAAAUAGGCUGGAAUUUGGAAGUUUAUGUUGAUGAUAUUGUGAACAGAAUGAGGUUGAAUCCAGCAAAAUGCAUCUUCGGCGUGGAGUUUGGAAAAUUUCUAGGCUUCAUGGUGUCCAAAAGGGGGAUUGAGGUUAACCUCGAGAAGAUCAAAAUAGUGGCUGAAAUGGAACCACUGAAGUCAGUAAAAGACGUACAGAGGCUAACAGGGAGAGUAGCAGCUCUUCAUAGAUUCAUCUCGAAAUCAGUACAUAAAUGCCUACCAUUCUUCAAGAUCAUGAGAUUAGCAGCCCAGAAGGAUGAAUCUGGCAAACAAAAGAAAUUUGAAUGGAAUUCAGAAUGCCAAGCUGCAUUUGACGAGCUAAAGUUUUAUCUUAGCUCACCCCCUUUGCUAACAAAGGCUAAUGAUGGAGAAAUCCUUUCCUUGUACCUCGGUAUAUCAGAUGAAGCUAUCAGCUCCGUGCUAGUAAGAAAAGAAGGGAAGCAACAGAAGCCAGUUUAUUAUACCAAGAGUGUAUUAUAUAGAGCUGAAAUCAGAUACUCUAUUGCCAAGAAAGCAACCUUAGCAAUUGUCACCUCGGCCAAGAAGCUGAGACCAUAUUUCCAAUCACAUCCAAUCAUAGUCCUCACAGACCAACCCUUCAGACAAAUUUUACAAAAGCAAGAAUGCUCAGGAGGAUUGAUCAAAUGGGCAGUUGAACUGGGAGAAUUUGAGAUAACAUUUCAGCAAAGGUCAGCGAUCCGAGCUCAGGCUCUUGCAAAUUUCAUAGUAGAAUGCACCUCGGCUCACUCUGAUUCCCAGCUCGAGCUGGACAGUUAGAUUCUAUAUGUUGAUAGAGCAUCAAGUAACAAAAGUUCUGACGCUGGUGCAAUCCUACUUGGCCCAAAUGGAUAUUGAAGUGAACAUGCUCUGAAAUUUAAUUUUGAUGCCACCAACAAUAUGGCUGAAUAUGAGGCCCUGCUACUUGGCUUACAAUUGGGAAUAAAAUUGAAGGUUACAG